AUGGACGUUCUCAAGACCUUUGUUUUUGACAACACGGAGCACGUCGUCGACAUACAAGUCGUCGACGACAAACCGAUGUUCAAAGCCGACCAAAUUGGGAAAAUCAUUGGUCUCAAGCAGAUGCGAUCGUCAGUCAGACAUUUCGACCGAGAUGAAAAGGUAGUGCAACGUAUGCACACCCGGGGAGGAGAGCAAGAUUGCACGUUCUUGACUGAAAUGGGCGCAUAUCGACUGCUCAUGCGAUCAGACAAACCCAUGGCGCGCCCCUUCCAGAAGUGGGUCGCUCAUGUGAUCGCGACCAUUCGCGAGACAGGAAAGUACGAGCUUUCAAAACAGCUGGACGAUCUCAAGGGACAGAACGACAAUGAAAAGGCCGAUCUUGUGAUGCACUACAAAUCCCAGCACGAGACCGAGACGCAUGAUGUCCUUCUUGGCGGCUUUGCAAACAAAAAAGUCGUAUACUACGGGAAAAUCGCAGAUCUCGAAGACGGAACGUCACUCAUCAAAAUUGGAUCUACGGCAAAUAUCAAGCAAAGAGUCGGCAGUCUUCGCUACGGAUACGGCUCGUUCACCGUUUUCAGAGUCUUCGAGUGUCAAGAGCACAACGGAUUCGAGAAAUUUCUGCAUCAACACGUGGACAUCAAGAGGUACAAAAAACCUACCUACAACGGAAUAGUUUCUACGGAGACUUACGCCAUGAACGACGGAGACCUGAAAAGGGCCAUUAAUAUUGCAAUACGAAAUGUGGUACAGUAUCGCAGGGACACCGAACAGAUCAGAGACAUCAAGGAAAUCGUGGAAGAUGUGGUACAGGCCGAGGUGGCAAAAGUUCUCGGAGAGAAACGCAAGGCUCGUGUAUCCGAAGAGGCGCAGCAUGACUCCAAGAGGGGACACAACACAACCCUGGGCUCGAAAAUUCAGAUCUACGCUGAAGACGGGGGCCUUGUCAAAACGUUCAAUCGACUCAUCGACACAUUGCGCAAUGAUCAAUGGCAAUUCGAUGAAAAAGUCUACCGUGCCGGUGUCCUGAAGGCAUGUGAAGGUGACUUCAUCUACGCCGGGUAUCGGUGGAUGCAACUCGACAGGAAUCUUGACGACGACACUGUUCAACAACUGAGACCUACGAUCUUGAAGAAAAAUAUCCACAAGGGGUGGGUGGCGCUGUUGAGUUCGGAUGAAAGCGAAGUUGCCGAGCUAUACCCCGACUUCAAAACGGCUGCUGAACAAAACGGGUUUCUAUCUCUAGGAGCUCUGCAAAAACGAAGGAAAAAGGGUGACAAAAUACACGGUCAUGUCAUCAGGCCAUGGUCAGAGUGCGGAGACGAGUUGCAGAAAUUGUACAGAGGUACCUUCCCCGACAAAACCAUCGGUGGUAAGCACAUACGGGUUUUGAAGAUGGAUCCUGUUACCAAGGAAGUACUCCAUGAGUAUGAGACCAUCAACGAAGUGAUGGCGAAAAUUCGCUGUGCGCAUCGAACAUUGAAGUCGGCGAUAGCAAAGGGCGUUGAGCUCAGAGGGUAUCUCUGGAAGUUUGCCAGUUAA